AUGUCACUCGCUCAAUUGCAGCGGCCCCUUGGGGUCGCUGCUUCGGGAUUGACCGCGAGGCUGCUGCUGACGACGAGCUGGAUAUCGCGUGGACCGGCGCUGGGAAACAUGCUGGUGGAAGGUAGGAGAGGUGCCAAGGUUAAGUCGCAGGGACAUUAUAACCUCAAACCUAAGAGGACGAUUCCGAAGAAGCUCGGUGCGAAGAGGACGGGAGACCAAUACGUUAUCCCGGGAAACAUCAUCUACAGACAACACGGCACCCACUGGUGGCCCGGCGAAAACUGCAUCAUGGGCCGCGACUUCACCAUCCACGCCAUGGCAUCAGGCUACGUCAAAUACUACCGCGACCCAGCCCUCCACCCCGACCGCAAAUACAUCGGCGUCGUCUUCCGCAAAGAAGACACCCUGCCCUACCCGAAACACGCCGAGCGCAAGCGCCGCCUCGGCAUGGUCGCGACGCCCAUGCGAGGCGCCGCGCGCGAGCCCGAACUCAGCGACUCGGGCAUCCCCAACGUGGUGAAGAAGGUCAACCCGGACAGGCCGCACGCCGAGCCGCAAGUUCUGCACCUCCGGAAGGACUACACGUACCGCGAGGAUAACUGGCGGAUUGGACGUCUUGUGAAGACGACGGGCUUGCAGAUCAAGGGGUAUAAGAGUAGGAGGGCGUAUUUGCGGCAUAGGAGGUGGGCGAGGGAGAGGAGCCUUGCGGGGAUGAGGAAGGUGAGGGAGAAGUUGGCGGCGGAUGAUACGAAUGAGGAGUGGGUGGAGGCGGCGAGGGAGAAGGCCGCGGAGUUGAGGAUGAGUAAGAAGAAGAAGGGUCAUGCGAAGAGUAAGAAGGGCAAGAAUCCUAAGAAGAGGUAA